GACACCAAGAAGAAUUCAUGGCACUGUCCCUAUGCAAAAACCCAGAGAUCAUGUACCCAUAAAUACAUAGCAAAAUGGCACCUCUUUCAAAUUCACCCUGAACUCUUCCGAAAAGUUCGGAGCACUGAAAGCGCUGAAGAAUUUCAGGCAGCAGCGAUGGAGGAAAGUGAUGAAAGUGAGAAUUACCCUCCAAAGGACAUUGCUAAAGUAAAGAGCAUAGUAGAAUACAUCUUAAUGAAUAAAAAGCUACCAUCUACUAUUCCCAGUCAUUUGAGGCUUUCUUCAGACUAUAAGGAAUUUCCAAAACACCUAAUCCCUGAUGAGACAAUGUGCUACCACUGCUCAGACCGCACAUUGCUCAGUGAUCCUGUCUGCAUUACACGUAAAGCGAAAAUUCUUACAACUACAGGAAUUGUCCAAGAUAUUUCAACCUACUACAAAUUCUGUCCUUUCUGUGGAAUGGUGUACCGUUACCAAGAGUGGGCUAAUGGUUUGCAUAACUUCAAUGACCAUGUCCUCCUUGAACUCUCUCUCUGCCUCACCAUAAGAAACCUGUUGCAGGUGCAUACAGCAGUCAGCAGAGUAGUGGAGUACUUAGAGAUAACUACAGGUGUACAGUUCCCCUCAGCAAUUAUUCUUCUCCACGGCUAUCUGCAUUUUGAGGCCCUAACUGACCAUGAAUACAAGUAUUCAUGUGUAUCUUGUGGUGACCAUCCAUCUGUGUCUUUCAUGUCACCUGUAUCUUUCCUUUUUACUGCAGAGAGCCUCCACAAGAUUUUAAUGGAGAGGUGGAUUUAGAUAUGUUUGGAAGGCACUGACAGAAGAACGAAUUGCUCGAGGAUUUUUUUCAAGU